GGGUGCCGCUGUUCAAGCCCAGGCGCCUUCGACCCGCCUGCCUACCUUCCGUCGCCUCCUCACUUGCCCAGCAGGUGGCAGUGCGAGGGGUCGGGGUGGGCGGCUGGGCUCCGAGGGGACACGUGCGACGAUAGGCUCCUGAGACCAUUGACGUAGGCGCCGGGGUGGGGAGAGGCGGCGAGAGCAGCCCGCUCCGCUCAGUGCGUGUGAGUGAGUGGCCCUGCCCCUCUUUCCUUUUCCUCUCUUCUGCUCUCCCGCCGGGCGCCUGAGGGAAGAGUUACUUAGCGGUUCUCAGGAUCCGCGGUGGUUUCAACGAGGAGCCCAUUCCGGCUGCUCGCGUGCCCGGGAACCAGGCGCCUCCACUUCGCCCUUUCCUGCCUCCGCUCUGCUAGCUAUGGCCAAGGAGGAGAAGAAGCCCUUCAGCCAGUCUAUGGCCGAGUGGCGGCGAUUCAUCUACAAUCCGAACAGUGGCGAGUUUCUGGGGCGUACGGCCAAGAGCUGGGGCUUGAUUUUGCUGUUUUAUCUCGUAUUUUAUGGCUUCUUAGCUGCACUCUUUACAUUCACAAUGUGGGUUAUGCUUCAGACAUUGAGUAGUGAUAUACCCAAAUAUCGUGAUCGGAUUGCUAGUCCAGGGCUUAUGAUUUCACCAAAGCCAGAAAAUGCACUGGAAUUUUCACUUAUCAAAAAUGACUCAGGAAGUUACCGUCACUAUGUGGAAUCCCUUCAGAAAUUUCUAGGAGCAUAUAAUAAAUCACAGCAAGAGAAAAACAUUAAUUGUACUUCAGGAAGCCUCUUUAUACAAGCUUCUACUAAUAAGUCAGCAUGCAGGUUUGAUCGUGAACAACUGAAAUCGUGUUCUGGACUGGAGGAUGAAAAUUUUGGCUAUGACAAAGGAACACCAUGUGUCAUUGUAAAAAUGAAUAGAAUAAUUGGAUUAAUCCCUGAAGGAAAGCCACAGAUAGUCUGUCGACCUAAGGAAGAAGGCAAGGCUGAGAUAAAAUAUUUUCCUGACAAUGGAUUUAUUGAUUUGAUGUAUUUCCCAUAUUAUGGGAAACGCCUACAUCCUGGCUACUUACAGCCACUAGUGGCUGUUCAACUAACAUUUAACACAACCAGUACCAAAGAAGAUGUAACAGUUGAAUGCAAGAUCAAAGGAUCAAAAAAUCUGGAACGUGAAGAUGACCGUGACAAGUUUCUGGGACGAGUUUCCUUCAAAUUUCAGAUAUCUGGAUAGAAAUUGUCAGUAUCAUCACAAAGUAAACUUUUUUUAAAAAAAAAAGUAUCAGCUGGACCUGCCAUUUUGAGAAAUGAGACCACUUUUGAGAAGCUUAGGGCGAAACUUGGCAUCCCGGGUAGCAUAAUUAUGUGCUUCCAAAUCAUGUUUUGAAUCCCUCACAAAGUAAAGGCCCGUCAUACUCUUGUCUGCCCUCUUGGACCAGUGUACAGACUUAGUUAAUAUUAAGGCCCUGUAAAUAGCUUCCAAACAUGUAAUCAUGGUGGUCUUUGUCCUGUUCCAAAAUGUGGGCUUCAUCCUUAAGUGAGUGUCUCAAAUGUGCUGUGCUGUGCUAUGUAAAUAUUGUAUUGGUUUAACACUGGUUUAACUAUCAUGUCAGUACAAACACAGUCUUCUAGGGGGGAAAAAGAAUUUCACUUCUCUCAUCCAAUAUAGUGAGUUCUGUUUGUGCAAAUAUGCUUUAACUCCCCUAUUGGAUGGGAGGCUGUGGAAGGUUUUGAGUGGAUUUUAAGUGUUAGUAUUGAUUUUGGACAUUAUUUAAGUACUGAAACUAGUCUUGUUGUGCUUGUCAUUGUGCAAGUAUUGUAUGUACCUAUAAUGUUUGGUCUAGAUUUGAUAUUUUAGUUGAGAUAUUGACUGUUGUCAUGUUGUUCAUUGCUUGCUAUUUUGUGAAAGCACAGAUAAAACCAAUACAAUGCCACUUUUAAAACUUUUUAGUUGAAAACUGUCAGUAUGAAACAAUUUCUUUAUGAUGUCUAUGGUUUAGAAACCUAGUAACAAUUGUACUACAAAGCUGCUUGAAAGAAAAGACCUCACUAUGUGGGAGUAGACUUACACUUUCCAAUAAAACAAAUCCCUGAAUGGAGAAACGUCUGUUAAAAUUUUAAAGCUCAAUAAGGAUUGUCUUUAUUAAACAUUCCUUUGUUUAAUUUA